CUUCCACCAUCAGUCACUGUCUUGACUUACCUCAGCACUGCGGUGUGUUUUGUACAUACGGAUCGGUUGGACUCGCCCACUCCUUGAGGGUGCUUGCGCCAGCAAAUAUGCGGUUACGCUUGCUCUGGAUCGUCUUGCUGGCUGUCACUCGUACAGCUUUGGCUGAUGACGAGGGAUAUAAUUACCCUAGACCGACAAACCAACUUAUACCAGGUACUUCAGGAGGAGGAACUGGCAAACCAGGAGGAUUUCCAACUGCUCCCGGAGGAUAUCCUUCUGGUGGUCCAAGUACACCUGGAGUUCCUGGAGAACAAGGAGCUCCUGGUGGACAACCUGGAAGACCAAGUGGUUAUCCAUCGGGACCACCGGGAUUUCCAGGACGUCCAGGCGGUGCUCAACCAGGGAGACAACAGCCUAGCUUUCCAUCGGGUCCAGGACCUUCGGAGGGAUAUCCUAGUGGACGACCAUCGAUUCCAUUUCCGGGCGGUGAACCAACAGGAAGACCAGGAACGGGUCCCGGUAUACCGAGUGGACCAAGUGGACCAGAAGGGUUUCCAACAAGGCCAAGUGGUGGAUAUCCUAGUGGUAGACCUGGUGGGCAAGUACCAGGUGGAUUUCCAAGUGGGCAAAGACCUUCCGGAUACCCGAGUGGUGGGCCCGGCCAGGGAAAACCAGGUCCUGGAUAUCCCACUGGUCGGCCGGGUGGACAAGGACCAAGUGGAGGAUACCCUAGCGGUCAAGCUCCUGGAGGUUAUCCCGGUGAAACACAGAAGCCUAGUGGCCCCGAAAGUGGAUAUCCUAGUGGAGGGCCAGGAGCUGGCUAUCCUGGAGGUACUCAAAGACCACCUAGCGGUCCUGGUACACAAGGUGGACCCCCUACCAGCGGCUAUCCUAGUAGACCAGGAGGUUAUCCAGGCGGCCCAGGUCCGCAAGGACCAGGAUUCCCAGGUGGACCAGGCCCGCAAGGACCAGGAGGAUUUCCAGGUGGGCCAGGCCCGCAAGGACCAGGAUACCCAGGUGAACCAGGCCCGCAAGGACCAGGAGGAUUCCCAGGUGGGCCAGGCCCGCAAGCACCAGGCCCGCAAGGACCAGGAGGAUUCCCAGGUGGGCCAGGCCCGCAAGCACCAGGCCCGCAAGGACCAGGAGGAUUCCCAGGUGGGCCAGGCCCACAGGCACCAGGUCCACAAGGACCAGGAGGAUUCCCAAGUGGGCCAGGCCCGCAAGGACCAGGAGGAUUCCCAGGUGGACCAGGCCCGCAAGCACCAGGAUUCCCGGGAACUGGUCAUCCAAUAGGUCCCGGUGAACCUGGAGAAUAUAGACCUGAAGAUGAGGGAACAUACGACGAAGGUGAUUAUUCAGCUAUUCCGGGCGAACCUGGUCGCGAUUAUCCUAUCUACAGUGAAAUUCCGGAGACCAGUUUCCGUUGCGAUGCCCAACAAUUCCCUGGUUACUAUGCCGACGUGGAAGCCCAGUGCCAAGUUUUUCACAUAUGUGCCAACAAUAAAACCUACGAUUUCCUUUGUCCAAACGGAACAAUUUUCCAUCAACAAUUUUUCGUUUGUGUAUGGUGGAAUCAAUUCGACUGUAACUCCGCGCCAAGCCUUUAUUAUUUAAAUGAAAAUAUUUAUGACUACACUAUAAUGGGAGCACAAGGUCAAGGACCUGCAGGACCUUCUAGGCCUAGUACUUAUCCAGGAGGUCCAGGUGCUCCUAGUGGCCCAAGUGGUCCAAGUUAUCCAGGAGGUCCAGGCGCUCCUAGUGGUCCCAGUUAUCCAGGAGGUCCAGGCGCUCCUAGUGGUCCAAGUUAUCCAGGAGGUCCACAACGUCCUGGCGGUCCAGGUUAUCCAGGAGAGGGACCUCAAGGUCCAUCAGGACCCCAAGGUCCGUCAAGGCCUAGCGGUCCAGGUUAUCCAGGAGGACCGGGAGCUCCAUCCGGUCCGGGAUCGCAAGGUCCAUCGGGUCGACCAGGUCCUGGAUAUUUAGGUCCGCCAUCAGGACCACCGGGUCCUCAAGGACCUGAAGGGCCAGGUGGACCAGGAUAUCCUGGAAGACCUCAAGGACCUUCCGGACCUACUGGACCAUCGACGAGACCUCAAGGGCCUAGUGGUCCGGGAUACCCAGGACCAAGUGGACCAUCUCCAGGAUAUCCAGGACAACCUCAAGGACCCACUGGUCCACAAGGUCCAAGCUUCCCGGGUGCACCAGGUCGUCCGCAAGGACCUAGUGGCCCAAAUGGAUAUCCCAGCGGUAGACCAAGUGGUCCAGCAUUCCCAAGUGGGCCUUCCGGGCCAGGAGGCAUCCCUGGAAAACCUGAGACGGGUUCGCCGUUCCCGCCGCAAGGACCAGCGAAGCCUGAUCGUGAGUACUUGCCUCCGCGGAUUGGAUAAACAUGAAGCUAAACUUACGGCAUCUAACGACAACUUUCAUCGUUAAGGCCGGAUGACGUGUAAAUACGAGCCUCUAUACUUGCGUAUAUGUAAUAACUAAGUGAUCGAUUAUUCGUAUUGCAUUUACACUUUUACAUAUAAGGAAUUUGAUUAUUCUGCUUAACUGUUUAUUUAUCCUUUCUAGGAUU